ACAACAGGGAGCCGGAAGAAGUGAUCAGUGCCAGAGAUACUCUGGCAGUGCUAGCCGGCUAGCUAACACAUGAAAUCAGAACCCACUUUUCUUAACUUCUUCUGUCAGCAAACUAAACUAAUAUUAUAGCCCAGCGGUUUAAUCGCAGCGAGUCAACAUCAAUAUUAGUGUAUAUACGAGCUGGACAUGCCUAUGUAUGUAGCUAGCUACUGAACUGCACGCAGUCUAUAUAGCUAGCUAGCUAAGUUAGCGUAAUUACUAUCUCCAAAACAAACAGGGUGUGCUGUGCAGUGGACUUUGGCAGCAGCAGAGUGGGAGUUCUAGCUACUAUUGCAAGCUAGCCAGUUUAUCCAUACACAUUAUUAUUGGGGCGUUUUUGAAUGUCCUGUCUUAUGAGGCCAUUGACAACCCUAAGUUAACUAAAUAUACACCACAUUUAGUAGCCAGCAGCUAUGGCCAGCACCAGCAUGGCUUCUGCAGCGGUAACAGGAGACAAACCCUCAGGUUCGGGUUCUAAGAAGAAGAAUGAAAAGAAGUUGGCUUCCAAAGAGGAGUCCAGAUUCCUGUCCAGUAUCAUGGGCGUCAUGAACAACCUAAGGAAACAGGGUACCCUAUGUGAUGUGAUCUUGGUGGUUCAGGGGAAACAUAUUCCUGCUCACAGAGUAGUCUUAGCUGCAGCCAGCCACUUCUUCAGCCUCAUGUUUACUACCAGCAUGAUGGAGUCUACCAGUCACGAGGUGGAGUUGAGGAGUGCUGAGCCUGAGAUCAUAGAACUGUUGGUGGAGUUUGUCUACACCGCUCGUAUCUCAGUGAACAGCAGUAAUGUCCAGUCUUUGCUGGAUGCAGCCAACCAGUACCAGAUAGAACCUGUGAAGAAGAUGUGUGUUGACUUCCUAAAAGAGCAAGUCGAUGCAACCAACUGUCUGGGCAUCUCUGCUCUAGCGGAGUGUUUGGACUGUCCAGAAUUGAAGCUGUCAGCGGAUGACUUUAUCCAUCAACACUUCACUGAGGUCUAUAAAUUGGAUGAAUUCCUCCAACUGAACGUCGCCCAGCUCACACAGCUACUGCACCAAGACACACUCACUGUCCGGGCAGAGGACCAGAUCUAUGAGUCUGCGGUGCGGUGGCUGAAGUAUGAUGUGUGUAACAGACAGAGUCACAUGGUGGAAGUGUUGGGCUGUGUUCGCUUCCCUCUGGUGUCCAAAGCCUUCCUGUCUAAGACUGUCCAGGCUGAACCCCUCAUACAGGACAACCCAGAGUGUCUCAAGAUGGUCAUCAGUGGGAUGCGGUACCACCUGUUGUGCCCAGAGGAUCGUGAGGAUUUGGGAGAGAACAGUCACCCGCGACGUAAGAAACACGACUACAGGAUUGCUCUGUUUGGAGGCUCGCAACCACAGUCCUGCAGAUACUUCAACCCUAAGGACUACAGCUGGUCAGACAUUCGUUGUCCGUUUGAGAAGCGUCGUGAUGCCACGGCGGUGUUCUGGGAUAAUGUUGUUUACAUCCUGGGAGGGUCUCAGCUCUUCCCCAUCAAGAGGAUGGACUGUUACAACGUACUGAAGGACAGCUGGUACUCCAAACUAGGCCCCCCUACACCACGGGACAGUCUGGCUGCUUGCGCCUCUCAGGGCAAGAUCUACACCUCUGGAGGGUCGGAAGUAGGCAGCUCAGCGUUGAACCUGUUUGAGUGUUAUGAUACGAGGUGUGAGUCAUGGCAGACCAAAGCCAGUAUGUUGAUGCCUCGCUGUAGCCACGGCAGCGUGGAGGCCAAUGGGCUCAUCUACGUCUGUGGAGGGUCCCUAGGCAACAACGUCUCUGGGAGGGUCCUCAGCAACUGUGAGGUCUAUGACUCCGUUAAGGAGGAAUGGAGGGAGCUGAGUGGGAUGAGGGAAGCCAGGAAGAACCACGGUCUGGUGUUUGUCAACAACAGAAUCUAUGCUGUGGGAGGAAUGAACGGACUGGGUAUGGCACACACACACACACUCUGUUGGGUAUGUUUGGGGUAUAUUUAUAUGUGUGAGUGUAUAGGUGGGCUGGACUCGGUGGAGUACUAUGACAUCGGCAGGAAUGAGUGGCACGUUGCCACGGCGAUGCCGUGGCGUGGGAUGAACGUGAGGUGUGCUGCAGUCAGCGGAGUGAUUUACGUACUGGCAGGUUUCCAGGGGGUCGGACGACUCGGACACAUCCUGGAGUACCACACUGACACUGACAGGUGGGUGACGUGCAGUAAGGUGAGGGCGUUCCCCGUCACCAGCUGUCUGAUCUGUGUGGUGGACACCUGUGGGGCCAAGGAAGAGGAGACUGAGUCAACACACAUAGUACCCCCAUCAUCAUCCACAGCAUAACACAGGGUCUUUAAAAUGUUUUAUCUGUUGUGCUUUUAUUUGGAGGACGAGAGCUGGUCAGUGUGGUAUGAAACUGCUGUACUGGAAUCAUGUUGAAGCUUCACAUUGACAGAAAUCAUAGAGAACACACUCUGAGGCGAGGUGCUGACUAGCAGAACAUAGAACUGGGAAAAUACUAACAUGAAAGUCACUCAGUGAUGAUUGUCUUCUGACAGAAGCUCAUUGUUAAAGCUACAGAUGAACGACUGAUCUAAGAGCUCUCAGCUGAUACACUUAGUCUCAACUAAACAUGUUUUUAUCAGACCUGGGUCAGGUACUUUUAAGUACUUGAAAGUAGAUAGCACUUUUGGAACUAAUCCAUUGGUUGUAUUUUACCGUGUAAAUGAAAUCAAGUGCAGCUCAAGAAUUUGAAAAUAUGAUUCUAUACUAUGUAUUUUAUGCUAUUGUGUGUAUUUAAUUGUACUGUUUUAUAUUGUACAGCAAUGAAAUGUAAUGUCUGAGGUUAUAGAAGAAACAUUAGCAUUUUUACUACUGUAUGUAUGUGAUGACUGUUACAUGAAAUUGAUAAUAAACAAAGCUGGAACUAAA